GCGGUAAGUGCUUCACCGUUCGAAAGGGGGUUCUGCCUUUCAGGUAAAGUGCAGAGAAAUAAAAUAGGUGAUAAAACGUGUUGACGGUGUUUACAGGAAAGGGGUUGGAACGGGGCAUGCGCUAAACAUGGAGGAAGAAGAGGAAGACUACAUGUCUGAUUUAUUUAUUAAACAGGAUGUAAGGCCAGGUUUGCCCAUGGUGAGGCGGGUGAAGGAAGCUCUUCAGAAAGAAGAAAAGCAAAAAGAAGCCAACGAGAAGAGCAGACAAAAGAGUAUAAAAGAAGAAGAAAAAGAGAGACGUGACUUGGUACUGAAAAGUGCAUUGGGCAGUGAGAACAAAGGCUUUGCUUUGCUCCAGAAGAUGGGCUACAAGAGCGGCCAGGCCCUUGGCAAAAGUGGAGAAGGCAUUGUUGAACCUAUUCCUCUGAACAUAAAAACAGGCAGAAGUGGGAUUGGUCAUGAGGAAUUAAAAAAGAGAAAAGCUGAAGAAAAACUGGAAAACUAUAGACAAAAACUCCAUAUGAAAAAACAAGCAAAUGAACAAGCUGCAGAUCAGUUCAGAAUAAGAUUUAAAAACAAACAAGAAGAACGUAAGAUGGAAGGGGACCUCCGAAAAAGCCAGAGGGCCUGCCAGCAAUUAGACAUGCAAAAAGAUAUUGAUGUUCCUAAGGAGAGUUGGUACUGGCUAGAACCUGAAGAGGAAGACGAAAACGAUGAGGAAGACAAGGAAGAUGAAUGCACAAGCUCAGACUUAAGUGUAUCGGAAAAGCUGCACCUCCUGACUGCCUAUUUGAGAGAACACCACUUUUACUGCAUUUGGUGUGGCAUAACCUAUGAAGACUCUGAAGAUUUAUCUUCAAACUGCCCUGGAGACAGUGCUGCAGAUCAUGACUAACCGCCUUCUAAAGGAAAAACCCCUAGGUAAGUAUGUAUAGUUCACAAUAUCUUUUGGAAGGUAUGGAGCUGUGCCAUACUAAAUAAUUUAUAUCAAAGUACACAGAAGGAUAGUUUGCAGUUAAACUCACAUUUCUGAAGCAUCUUAUAGAUUCUCUACUUGAUGCAUAAAAUAAUAGGAAUUAAAACUUUGCAUUUAUAGUUGAACUACAAUAUUAUAGGCAGGUUAAGCCUUCCAUAGUCUUUGUUUAUGCCCCAUCCAACUGAGCAAGACCAGCUGAUAAUAAAAUUCAGGUUUCAGUAAGGAAUAAAUACUGGCUAGUUACUCCAUUGUACAGUGUGUUAAACAUAAUUUAUUUUUCAUCUUUACAAAGAUAACUAAACAUCACUUUCUUUGCUUUACAAUCUUAGACCUGGUGGGGAAAAAAAAUUGUGAAAUAUUACAGAGACAUUAUUUGAA